GAUAUGAUUGAAAAUGUGUUAGAGAUUAAAGACACACAUGUCAGAGAGGUUAUGACACCUCUUGUUGAUGUUGUUGCAAUUGAUGCGAGUUUAAGCCUGGUAGACUUUCAUCACUUGUGGGUCACACAUCAGUACUCAAGGGUACCUGUUUUUGAGCAACGUGUUGAUAAUAUAAUGGGUAUAGCAUAUGCAAUGGAUCUGCUGGAUUAUGUUCAAAAGGGUGAUUUGCUAGAAAGUACUACGGUUGGAGAUAUGGCUCACAAGCCUGCAUAUUUUGUACCUGAUUCAAUGUCUGUUUGGAAUCUUCUCAGAGAGUUCAGAAUCAGGAAGGUUCACAUGGCAGUUGUUCUUAAUGAGUAUGGUGGAACUGUGGGGAUUGUAACUCUCGAGGAUGUUGUUGAGGAAAUUGUUGGUGAAAUCUUUGAUGAAAAUGACUCAAAGGAGGAGAUACAAAAAAAAACUGGCUACAUAGUAAUGCGAGCUGAGGGUGUUUUUGAUGUUGAUGCAAAUACAUCCAUUGAUCAGCUCUCUGAAGAUUUGAAUAUCAAGAUGCCAGAGGGUCACCAAUAUGAGACAGUAUCAGGCUUUGUGUGUGAAGCAUUUGGAUACAUUCCAAGGACAGGUGAGUGCAUCAAAGUAGUUCUUGAAAGGGAAGAUGAAGAUGAUAGCAAUGAGUCCAAUACUGACCAGCAGGAUCAGAAGGAGAAGAACCAGAUUUUCAAACUUGAGAUACUAGCUGGAAAUGCCAGAAAGGUGAGUGCUGUUCGGUUUGAACGGAUAAAUAAUAAUGAUGAAAUGUUGGAGACUAAAGUAGCUCGCAUAGUCCCAAAAAUCAUGAAAAGAAAAUGGAGCAGCGAUGAAAACUCAGAGGACGAUGCAGAAUAUGAUGGAGACACAUUUGCAAAGAGACCACAGGAUGAAAUUCCUAGUGAAUAUUUAGUUGAUCAGGAAAUUUCUAACAGAGAAUAAGUUUGUUCCAUCUUUUUUUUUCCCUUUCUUUAUAGCUGGCAUGCUUUUGUGCCAUUUUUGCAACCAACCUAUAAGAUGAGAAAAUUGAGAUACAUGUACAAAAUGAGAAGCAAUGAGUUCAAACAUGUAAAACUUUGCAAAAAGACAAAUUAGAGGCAUCUAUGCUAACUGAAGUCUUCAAGGCUUUGGUGUAAUAAAGAUGUCAUGUUUAAUCAAUCCAUUAACCAUCCUUUCUCCCCCACCCCACAAAAAAGAAAGGCAUCUAUUUUUGGAUGGCCAUUAUUA